GAUAUCGAAGGCACCCCACAUCUCCUUGCUGCAAAGAUCGCUGCACAAUUCCAGCUUAGCGAUGUCAAAGGGAUGCUGCAAACCAUCUCAGAGUUUUUGCCUGUGAUUCUGAAGAACGAGUGGUGCUCAGUAGAUGUGACAAUCGCCGAUGCUGGCGCUACUAUGGAGAGUAUAUAUAUCCGCUUUUUAUCAGAUCUAGACGUGAUGGAAUUCGACACCUUUGUGUAUUUGACGCAAAAUCCAUACAAACUGAAACCUAUAGAAACGCCCUUCUGGUUUAUUCGAUGCGCUGCUGCUGGCCAUUGGAUCGCAAAUUUACUCUUGCAAUCGCUUCGAAUUAUGUUAAAAGAAACAAGUGGAGAUGCAUUGAUAACCACAAUAAUGGUACUGUCUCAGGUGGACUUCGCUAACAAUGGAUUUUCAGCUUUCAAUGAAGCGAUCUCUGUUGCAGAAACAAAGGACUCUUUCAAUUGUACAGGUAUUUUUGAUUUUAUAUCGGAUUCAGUUGUGAUAGAGCGAUUAGCCAGCUUGGCUUCGGAUCGUCCACAGUGUUUCUUCUCCGGACAGAGCGAAAGGUAA